AUGUCGUUCGCUCGCCACCGUCGUACCCAAUCGGAGAUGCAUUUCCGGAUCACCGACGACUUCGACCUCGAAGUCGAUCUCUCUCCGCAGCGUUUCCAAGAUCCCACCCCGCUCCACCAAUCCGGAUCCAAACCCGAAUCUCCGCCGCACCAGACCGCCGAAACCAACCGCUCCGGUCACCGGAGAAGCAAUUCCGCCGAUGACUCUUCCUCCUCGCUGCUCGAAGGCAUUGAGGCCAAGAAGGCAUUGUCCCCCGAUAAGCUUGCCGAACUCUGGACCGUUGAUCCCAAACGUGCCAAGAGGAUUCUCGCUAACCGUCAAUCCGCGGCGCGCUCUAAAGAGAGGAAAGCUUGUUACGUGUCGGAGCUUGAAAGGAAAUUUCAAUCCCUUCAAACGGAAGCCACUACUCUCUCUGCUCAAUUAAGUCUUUUCCAGAGAGAUACAACUGGCCUGAGUUCUGAAAACACAGAAUUGAAGCUUAGGUUACAAGCCAUGGAACAACAAGUAAAGUUGUGUGAUGCUCUAAAUGAAGCACUGAAGAAAGAAGUUGAUAGGCUGAGGAUUGCAACUGGAGAGAUGGCAAUGCCCGCUGAUAACUAUGGCUUGGGCGUGCAUCAACUUACAUAUUCUCAAGAACCGUUCUUCUCACAUCAGUCACAACAUGGGCAGAGUGAAGUUCAGGCCAUGCAAAUGCCGCAGAUGCAUUCACUCCAAUCUAAUGUGGUUACUACUCAUGAGCCUCUGUUUGAUCUAGACAUUCCCUAUGAUAUGUCCGAAAUGUUGUCGAAUGAAUCAAUCGGGCAGUUUCAGGGGCUGGACCUAGGCCACGGGGUUUCUCAUGUUCCGAUGCCAGAUUAUCCCUCAAAUUUCUGUUAG